GGGGGGAAGUGACGUCACUAGCCCAGAUUCACUUUCCUGGAGGAGCGAACAGUUUCUACAGCACGGCAGCGUCAAGUCUGCGGCGCCCAAAACAGUUCGAUUUCAAAAUAAAAGAAGCAAAAAAAGAGAAGGCACAGGGGCGGAGUUUUGAUGGGAUGGAACAUGAAAAAUGAGAAGUCCGAUUGCGCCACCAAGUGGUUGCGCACUUUGGCGGUGAGGCAGAAGGAUCCUUCCCAAAAGUCUGCGCAGUCUCCCGUGCCUUACUGACCCCAGCCGGGAUCGUUUAGCGAGGUCGUAGCAGCCGCAAACGUUGCUGGAGUGUCCGCUAACUUUGCGCCUCGUUCCGUUUCCCCGCUGGACUCCGAUCCAUCUGAUCCAUCCUGAGGGUAAAGGACUUUGUGUGGCGCCCCAGAUGUGUCGUCUUGGUGUUUCGGACAUGUCUCUCAGCCGCGUCGUUGCAGCGCUUGUUCUGUUCCUCACAGCCUCUGGGACAGUGGUGUACGACACCUACAACGACUUUGCAGAGGACGAUUACGCUCUUCAACUAGUCUACAAAGAUCCUUACUGGUGUCACCCUCCCAGUCUGACCAACGGGGAGGUGAAGUGCCUGUCCCCGAGGGGCGGAGCCUCCAGGGGCUCCCUUGGAACCCGCUGCCAGAUGAGCUGCGACAGAGGCUACCGCCUGGUGGGCAGGUCGUCCAUCCAGUGCCUGUCCAGCCGGCGCUGGUCCGGGACCAGUUACUGCAGACGAAUGCGCUGCCCCGUCCUGCCCCUCAUCCCGCACGGCAGGUACACCUGCACCCAGGGCUUCGCCGUGGACUCCAGGUGCGACUUCACCUGCGCGCCGGGCUUUCGCAUCGAGCAGGAGCACUCGCGCACCUGCCGGCACGGGGGGUCGUGGAGCGGCGCCCAGCCCGUGUGCUCAGACAUGGAUCCACCAAAGAUCAAGUGUCCUCCGUCCAGGCUCAAGGUCGCGGAGCCUGGGAAGCUCACUGCCACGGUGACCUGGGACCCCCCCACCGCCUCCGACACCGCCGAUAAAUCACUUGAUGUGAUUCUAGUGGGCCAGGAGCCGGGCACCGACUUCAAAGAGGGAGCGAACAUCAUCCGAUACAAGGUGUACGAUCAGUCCAGGAACAGAGCUGCCUGCAAGUUCAUCAUACGGGUUGAGGUGAGACGGUGUCCUGAGCUGUCCGCUCCCAUGCACGGCUACCUCACCUGCUCCUCGGACGGGAACAACUACGGGGCAGCGUGUGAAUACCACUGCGAUGGGGGGUAUGAGCUGCGGGGGGUGUCCAGGCGCGUGUGCCAGUUCAACCGCAACUGGGAGGGAAGCCCUGCCGAGUGUGUCCAGAUGGGGAUAAAAGCCGACGUGAAGACGGCCUCCGCUCUCCUGGACCAGUUCUACGAGAAGAGGCGGCUGCUGAUCGUGUCCGCGCCCAACAUCUCCGACCCGGACUACCAGCUGCAGAACAUCAUGACCCAAAAAGCGGACUGCGGACUGGACCUGAGGCACGUGACCGUCAUCGAGCUCCUGGGCUCCCCGCCGCGCGAGACGGGCCGCAUCAAGGAGAGUCUGCUCAACAGCGAAGUCAUCGAAGGCCUGAGGCAAGCCUUCCGCAUCUCCAGGUCCUACUUCAGCAUGCUGCUGCUGGACGAGCUCGGGCUGGACCGCGAGCGCUUCAUCGCCCCGGUGUCGUCGGACGAGCUCUUCUCCUACAUUGACGGCUUCCUGCUGGACGAGGAGGAGCGGGAGCGGCUGGAGCUCCACAGGGAUUUCUGCGACUAAUCGAGUGAGGCCUCGCGGAGAUAAAGCCGUGACGACCGGAGAGCCGACGGAUCGGCGAUGGGGAGGCAGCUCCUCGCGUUCAAAUGUGAUCACUACACAACACUGAAGUACUAGCACUGUUCCUUUUGUAACAACGGCUGAGACCAAAGAGGAGCCUGACCUUUAGUGAGCGAAAUACAAAACGAGGAUGAACAGGCUCAUUUUUAUUACAGUAGGUCAACACGACUCUGAUCACACUUGGAUGAGGAGUUAAAAAUCUACAUUUACAUCCACAAAUGGGAGAAUUCUUUUUUUUAUUCAACUUAAACAGACAGUAUAAUGGAAAACAGCAAGCUGUUGGAAAACACCAGAUAUUCUGUAUAAUAAUAAUUCUGUACACAUUAUGACACAGUCCGUGUGCUAAGUGCUAUGCAUGACUCUCACUUGUAAUGAUAUAUAUAUAUUUUGUAACAUAUAAAAAUAUAGUGUUGUGAUGCCUUGGCACGUUUUCCACUGUAACACCAGUGUACAGUCAGGAGGGAGCGGCGCCGAAGAUGAUCCCUACAGGGAGGACGGUGUCGAGCCGAUAUAAUAAACUAGAUUAAUCUCC